AUGCGUGGUUUCUACAUGGGACUCGGCGCUAUCGCCCUCCAGGUCGCUGCCGCCUCUGCUCACAGGUACGGUGACCAGCACUCCAACACCACCAUGAUCGGCUCCCUGGGACCCGUCUCGAGCUCUAUCGAGAUGACGACCCAGACCAUCUACGCCACCAACGUCCGCACCAUUACCUCGUGCAAGCCCGAGGUCACCAACUGCCCUGCCGGUGGCCACUACGUUGUAACUGAGACCAUCGCCAUCUCAACGACCGUCUGCCCCGUGUCCGAGGCCGACAAGACCAAGCCUACCCCCACCCCUACCCCUACCCCCACUCAGUGGACGACCUCGACUGUCUACCAGACCAACGUUCGCACCGUCACCUCGUGCCCUCCCGAGGUCACCAACUGCCCCGUCGGCGGUCACCAUGUCAUCACCGAGACGGUCGCCAUCUCGACCACCGUGUGCCCCGUCACUGAUGACGAUGUCAAGCCCACCCCUACCCCUCACCCCACUGCGUGGACGACCUCGACCGUGUACACGACCAACGUUCGCACCAUCACCUCGUGCCCUCCCAACGUCCACACCUGCCCCGGCGGUACCCACGUCACCACCGAGACCAUUCCCCUCUCGACCACCGUGUGCCCCGUCGGCGAAGGAGAACCCCCUAAGACCAUGGUCACGCAGCAGAACGCUGGCCAUCCCGGUGGCCAGCCCGGCGGCCAGCAGCCUCCCAAGCCGUCUUCCAAGACCACGGUCGUCGGCACCGGCUCCUUCUUCCCUCCCACCCUUACCGGCACCGCUCCUAUCAGCGUCCCUACCGCUGCCGCCGGCCGUAUUGGCUCCGGUAUGGCCGGUGUUGCCGCCGGUGUCCUCCUCGCCGCCCUUCUCUAG